AUGUUUUGUCCCCAACCACUCCAUUUGACUCUCGUUCUCAAAGAGAAAAAGGGUUCGUCAUUUUGUCCCACCCUCUCACUUUCUGAAAAACACAAAUCCUUAUCCCUAAUCCCAAACCAGCAAUUAAUGGAGCUCACUCCACAGCAGAUGAAAAACUACGAUGGCAACUACCCUUCGAGGUUGAAUUACGUGGCGGUCCGCGACUGGAUGUACGAUGUGACCAUCCGUGCGCUCGCGAAGUUGGGAAAGGACGAAAGCGACGUCGUACGCUAA